AUGGCCGCGUCAAAUACACUAUAUGCAUUACAACUUCGCAAAGCGGAAGUUGAGAUUUCAAGGCUUUCGGCCGAAAAUGUGGAAUUAAGAACCACCAUUGCGAGAUUAAAUGAUAAAAUUAAAAAGUUAAAAAGUGAGAGAAGCGCAAGAAAUGAUAAGUUUAAAGACAGUUCCACCAGUGGCCAAUUGUCCGAGAUAAUCCAACUGCUUCGUGGAACCGCCGAUUCUUUGAAUGCCCUGAUGGACCUAGACCAUUCAAUAGUCGAUCAAUCCGAGACAAACGAUGGUUCCGACGGCGAAGGUUACCAAUACGCUUCAAAAUUCACACCAGAGAUCGAUAUUGCAUUAGAAAAACUUCCAGAGAAACGAAAGACACAUAAUUUGCUCGCCGUAUACAGGGAGAAGCCUAAAGCACUACAGACGAUAAACGAGGUGAACGAAGAAGAAUGCUUUUACAAAAAGAAUGAAGAAGCAAAAGAUGGUUCGAGGUCUUUGCAUUUACUUCAACCACAUAAAUCUCGGAUUCCCGUUAAAAACUCGACGAAACGAUCGUUCCCAAUAUCACCGGUAAAACCUGAACAGCAACAGCAAGCAAGCAAACAACUCGAGGAUUCCGCUCAAGCAUCGACACCUAAUGCCGACAAAGAUGACGGGGAUAACGAAAUGCCGAAAUCUCAAACCACUCCAGAAGAACAAGGGACGAGCGAGUCACAUUCAAAGGGUAGUCAAAUUAGUUGUGUUUUUUAG